UCGCGCCCCGUCCCCGAAACGGUUCAAAUAAACGUUCCGGCGCCACGGGGGCCUGGAGGGGGGCAGCCGCUGACGUCAGUUCCCCGCGCCAGCCGUGUGUGGGGUCCUCCUUGGGUGCGAGGCGCGGGGAUGGCGGCGGCGGGGGGCCAGCAGUUGGUGGUGGCGGCGGGCAGUUACCAGCAGGUCCUGUUCGGCUACCGGCUGCCGAGCUGGCGACAGAGUUGGGAUCCCGAAGCUGACUUUACCCAUCACGCUCAUGUUGCCUCUUUAACUACUGUGGCCGUAAAUGAUCAAUAUGUGGCAACGGGCAGUAAAGAUGAAACUAUUCAGUUGUAUAACAUGAAAAAGAAAAUUGAUCAAGGAUCAUUAUUGCACCAUAAUGGUUCAAUAACCUGUUUGGAAUUCUAUGGGAAAAUACACUUACUCAGUGGAGCAGAAGAUGGACUCAUCUGUGUGUGGGACACAAAGAAAUGGGAAUGUUUGAAGUCUAUUCAAGCUCAUAAAGGCCAUGUGUCGUCAUUCUCUGUGCAUCCAUCUGGAAGACUGGCUUUGUCAGUAGGAACAGACAAAACAUUGAGAACAUGGAAUCUAAUAGAUGGAAAAGCUGCAUUCAUCAAAUCCUUAAAACAGAAUGCUCACAUUGUUCUGUGGUCCCCUAGUGGAGACAGUUAUGUUGUGGUUACAAAUAACCAGUUGGAUAUUUAUACCCUGAAAACAGCCUCCAUCAGUGGUACUAUUACCUGCAAAAAAAGGAUUUUUUCAGUGAAAUUUAUAACGGAGUCUGUCAUCGCCAUCGCUGGAGAUGAAGAACAUGUCAGACUGUAUGACACAGAUUCAAGAAAAUGUCUUUCUGAAUUCAAGGCUCAUGAGACCAGAGUGAAAGUGUUGUACUUCUUCCAAGUGGAACAGAAUAACAUUCUUGCCACAGCAUCCAGUGAUGGCUACAUUAAACUAUGGAAGCUGAACAUCGAAGAGAUUCAGAGUGGUCCAUUACUACUAAGUGAAGUAAAUACUAAAGCCCGGCUUACUUGCCUAGCAGUGUGGCUGUCAAAACCAGCAAGUGUUCCACAAGAGGUUGAGGAACAAGGCACACAGUGUGAAGAAGUUGCAGCUACCAAAAAAAAUUGUAAAGAAAAGAAAAAUGAAAUGAAAGCAACUCCUGUGGUUGAAGUCGUAUAUCCAAAGACAGAGCAAAUUUUACACAAGAGAAAAACAGUUGCUAAAACAAAGGAGAGAAGAAAGAAAAUGAAGCAAUAAAUCAACUUGAAAUGAACUAUUUCCUUUGGUGUCACAAUAAUGUGCAGCCAAACUGAUCCAUGGAUGAUCGCAAGGCCUAUAGUAUUUUCAGGGUUUUGUAUUUGUAAAGAGAAUACAUGGAGGAUAUGGAUAUUAUCCAAGUUGACUGCUUUCUUGCAGUCAAUCCCUUGGCAUCAUAAAUAAAAUAAAAAAUAUACUUAAUUACUAGAUUAUUAACAAUUGGGAAUUCUAAGUACAGUUGCCAAAUCACAGUCAGAACUUGCUUCCAGCCCAUGCUUGGUGCUAGAAUGAUGAAUGCAACUUUUUUGUAUUACUGGUGUCUGAAUCCAUCCCAAUUCAAAGCAGCAAGGAUAUGCUCUGUGGCAGAUUCUGGCAUGAAAUAAUGUCUUUGUGUGGAUGGGUUAUAACACUUGACUUGGAGGAAGUCAGCAAAGAUUGUAAACUGAACUCCUGAGGUUUAAUUACAAGGGUUGUUUCCCCGGAAUUUAGAAAACGUAGCUGUGAUUGGACCAACAUUUUCAUGGUAUGAAAGGAACCAAGGGGAUGUUGUAGUUGAGGGACAUAGUCCAAAAGAGCCUGGCAUUUUGGAAAUCCUAGCUAAGUUGCAGUUAUCUGGAGAUUACAGAAGUGGCAAUAUUAGGCAUCUACUGUACUUCAGACUCACACACUCUAUUGCAUAUACCCAGCUUGGAAAGAAGAAUGCGAGAUGCUGGGGAGACAGCAAUGAAGGCUUGAGGUAGGGACAGACUAUAGGAAUUGGCACCUGUGGGAGUGACACUGGCUGCCAGACAGUGGGGAUAAAUGGCGGGUGUGCUGCACUUCCUGCAGAGGUUUCGGGGAGUGCGGCUGUCCUGUCAGUAAGAGGCAGUUAGUGGGCAGGAUUGGGUUGCGUUGGGAUCAUACCUCCUCCACUCGGGGUGAGUGGGAGUGAGGCAGACAUGGAGAUGGGACUUUAUUGCCAGUAUUCUCUAAAUCUGAAAUUCAUACUCAUGCAGCUCAGAAGCAGGCCUUCAACCUACUGCGUCCACACUGACCAUUAAUUACCCAUCUAUACUAAUCCCAUUUUAUUCUCCCCACAUUCCCAUCAACUCCCCCCAGAUUCCACCUGGACUCCCCUCUGGGCCUGUUACCUUCCCUGGCCCUAUAGUGUAGUAGUUAGCCUAAUGCUUUACAGCGCCAGUGACCUGAGUUCAAUUCCGGCCGCUGUCUGUAAGGAGUUUGUACGUUCUCCCCGUGUCUGCGUGGGUUUCCUCCGGGUGCUCCAGUUUCCUCCCACAUUCCAAAGACAUAUGGGUUAGGAAGUUGUGGGCAAGCUAUGUUGGUGCCAGAAGUGUGGCGACACUUGCGGGCUGCCUGCAGAACAGUCUAUGCAAAAGAUGCAUUUCACUGUGUGUUUUGAUGUACAUGUGACUAAUAAAGAUAUCUUAACUGUU